AUGAUUCGAGUUUUUUGCAUUUUCAAUGGUGUCAAAUGGUUCGAGUUAUCUACUAAUACUUAUAUUAUUAUAAUGGUUGAAAAGGCAAAAAUAUUUUAUUUCAGUGUUUUUAUUCUUGUCGUAUUCGCAUUCAUUUUUCAUGUUAAUGCUAUGGGUCAUCAUCAUUGGAAAAAAGCCGAUGCAAGAAAUUCCACUAGUUCGACCUUCGGUGGCUUUAAUUACACAAGUAUCGGCUUAUUCACACGAUGCGAAGUUUCAAAUGAUUAUAAGGCCGAAACGUGUUUUCCUAAUAUGUUUCCUAGUAAUAACAGUUGCAAUUAUCGAACGGAUUGUCAGCAAAGAGCAUCAAAUCCAUAUUGUCCAUGUGAUUAUUUACCAUCGACAAAAGGUAUUGCAGCAUGUACCAUCAUAGCUGCUAUAUUUCUCGGUCUUACUAUAAUUAUUCUAUUUAUUCAUUCAAUUAAUACAUCCGAAACUCGUUCAAUAGGCAUGUUUCUUAGUGUAUUGCCAUUAAUUCUACUUUUAUUAGCAUUCGCAUUCAUUCUUACUGCACUUAUACUUGUUGGAAGUUAUUUAUCACGAGAUGUGAUGUAUCUCGUGUAUCGAUCAACCGACACAGUGGAUAAAUUGAAUAUCAAAACCGGACAUUCUCCGGUUAUAGAUUCAUCAAUUUUACUUGAUAAAAAAUAUGAUAAUAUUCGAAUUGAAGCAAUUAAUGCAGGUAUUAUAUUAAAAGAAACAAAUGAAAAAAUAGAUGAAAUUAUUAAUGAUGGACAUAUUAUUAAAUCUCAUGCAUAUGAUAUACGAUCAAAUGCUUUACGAUUUUAUGAAAAUUUAAUUCAAUCGAAAAAAUUCAUUCAAUAUUGUCAAUUAAUAUUUAUUCUAAUUAUUAUUACUAUUAUGAGUAUUUUUAUUGGAAAAUUUUUUACUAGAAAAAAAAAUUCAUAA